GACUGGAGCUUUCCCAGCGGCUGGGCACGGUGGUUCCGUGUCGGGCAUUUCAGACACGGCGCUGAAGUAUUUGAGGCAGCUUGCGGCUACGAUCGCAGGUGCCAAGCAGCACGGUGGCAUCACGUCGUAUCUGCUGACGCAGGCCGAUCCGCUAUACGACCCGAUCUACGACUCCACUAUUUGCGUGGGCGUCAAGUUCGCCACGUUCGUCUGGGACGGAAGGGUUCAGAUAUCGAGGCUUCAACGUGCGUGGACCUGUUUGAGAGAUAUCAUGUCCGACAACCCUACUUGGCAGCAGGCUCGUGGUCCGCUGUCGGCGGUGUGGCUCAGCCUGCUUCGCAUAG